UGCUAAAAAUAUACCAAUUAACUCCUCUGUCUGUCUAAGUGGUAUCAUUCAACAAACAGUCAAACUGCAAAAAAAAAAAUGCCUCCUUUCUUGAAAUCUAGAUCAAGAAUAGCAGCCCACCAUUAUCAUGAGCAAGACCAAGACUGCGACACCAAUAUUGAUGAAAAAUCAGCAUAUAAUUCUCUCACAGUUUGGAGAAAAUCACUUAUUUUCAGCUGCAAUGGCUUCACAGUGAUUGGCUCCGAUGGCAGCUUAGUCUAUAGAGUUGAUAACUACUCCUCUCGCCCCAACCAAAUCAUGCUCAUGGAUGCCCAUGGCUACCCCAUCUUCACCAUAUCUCGUCCUAAGAAGUUGAGGUUAGUGGGCAACUACUGGCUUAUAUAUGAAGGAGAAGUGGGCAAGAAGAGUUCCAACAAGCCUAUAUUUUGUGUUAGGAAAAACAUGAGCAUCAUCAAAGCCAAACCGAGUGUUCUAGCGUAUGUUUAUGGCGGCGGCAUGUCGGGAGAGGGGUUCAAAUACACGGUGGAAGGGUCGUAUGCGCGUCGAUCGUGUAAGAUUAUGGAUGAGUCGAGGAGGGCUUUGUCUGAGAUCAAGAAGAAAGUGGCCAUGAAAAAAGGUGCAUCUUUUGGUGUGGAGGUGUUUAAUCUACUUGUUCAACCAGGGUUUGAUUCAAGAUUUGCUAUGGCGAUUGUGUUAUUGUUAGAUCAGAUGUUUCCUUGAUUUUUUUAAAGGGACUUGUUUCUUGAAUCUGAUCUCGUUGCUUGUCAAGUGGAUGUUGAUAUUUAUGGAAAUAUAUACAAUCUUGUCUUGUGCUCUUA